AUGGCGAGGUGCGGCACCUGGUCUGUAGACGACCGCCAAGCGGCGCUGGCUGCUCUGGUUGACUGCGUUCCUGGAAAGACGCAAAUCGGCUUCAUCGGUCUAGGAGUCAUGGGCCGGUCCAUGGCAUCCCAUCUCGUCCGCGCAGGCUAUACAGUGAAGGUGUUCAACCGGACUCUGGAGAAAUGCAGGCCUCUCGAAGCCCUUGGCGCCGUCGUGGCGAGAAGCUACAGAGAAGCGGCGGAAGGCAGCGACGUCGUCAUGAGCAUCGUCGGCCAUCCAGAGGAUGUCGAACAAGUUUACUUGGGCGGUGAGGGCGUUCUAGAGGUUCUGCGAGAGGGCGCCGUCAUCGUGGACAUGACGACCAGCACUCCGCGUCUGGCUGAGAAGCUCCACGAAGCCGCAAGAAAGAAAAGAGUUUUUUCUCUGGAUGCGCCAGUUUCCGGAGGAGACGUCGGAGCUCGCGAGGCGCGUCUGUCGAUCAUGGCGGGCGGAGACAAGGAGGCCUUCGUCGCAGUUUCGCCUCUCUUUGAGGUCUUAGGAAACCAGCUUACUUUCUGCGGAGGACCCGGCACAGGGCAACACACGAAAAUGACAAAUCAGAUUUUAAUCGCCACCAACAUGAUUGGGGUGGUCGAGGCCCUCUUGUACGCACGUCGCAUGGGUCUGGAUGUCGAAAAAACUCUCGCUGCAGUCUCCACAGGCGCUGCAGGAAGCUGGUCUCUGUCGAACUACGCACCUCGAAUUCUGAAAGGAGAUUUUGAGCCGGGAUUUUUUGUAGAGCACUUCGUGAAAGACAUGCAGAUUGCCCUCACGGAGGCCCGCCACGCGAACCUCGCUCUGCCAGGCCUAGCCUUGGCGCACCAGCUGUACAUGUCGGUGAUGGCGCUCGGCUUCGGGAAGAAGGGCAUCCAGGCCCUCCAGCUCGCUCUGGAUAACAUGAACAAUCUGAGAGACAAAAGUUAA